CAUACGACAACUCAGAAGGCUUCAUAAUCACGCAAGAUCCGUUACCGAACACGAUCAUGGACUUCUGGCGGAUGGUCUCUGAACAUAAUGUGUCCACAAUCGUUAUGCUGAGCGAGAUUGGUGACGGCAAGUGCCCGCGCUACUGGGACGACGGCACUGCGCAGUACGAGCACAUCGCCGUGCAGUACGAGGAGAGCGAGUCCUGUCCCUACUACACGCGCCGCCAGUUCCGCGUCACCAACAACAAGAACGGCGACAGCGCUUCAGUCCGCCAGCUGCAGUACCAGGGCUGGCCCACGGCGCCGGGCCACGUGCCCGAGGUGACGCGCGGGCUGGCCGAGCUGGCCGACGCCGCGCGCCAGCACCGGCCCAGCGACCACACCAUGCUCGUGCACUGCCACCUGGGCACGGAACGGUCGGCGCUAUUCGUGGCUCUAUGCAUCCUGAUCUGCCAACUGCGCGUGGAGCGGCGCGUGGACGUCAAUACAGUCGCGCGCAAGGUGCGCUCGCAGCGGGCACGCACCGUCGACACCUUCUUGCAGUACGAGUUUUUACAUCGUGCCAUACUCAACUACGCGGAACUUCACAAUCUACUGGAGGACAGUUAAACUGCCACGCCACAGUAACUAUGGUUUUCAACUUGUAUUUUACAACGUCAAAUCCUAAAAUCAGGCGAUUGUGUAUACCUUUCUUUAUCUCGAGGGUAAAAAAGGAAAACUAAAACUAAAUUGUAGGUAGUGUCCGGAAUUCUCAAGUAUUUUAACCUCAAUUUAGCGCAAUAAAAACGACAUAAAAUAAAAACGUUGAUAUAAUUUCAGCUUUAUAUCAAGCUGUUUAGAAACGAUAUUAUGACGAAAACUCUCUGUUGUGAUUAUUCGGAAUGUUACGACUUAAUUUUACGUUAUUUUUAAGUUAGCUUAUUAUUCGAUGAUAAUUAAUUACCUAUUACGUAAGUAUUUGUAUAGAAAAGGCGACGUUUUGGCAGACCCGAGUUAUUUCAUCGUUUCCGAAAAAUCUAUCCUACUUUUACGAAUCUUUUUUUUAUUUGACGUUAUUUUCCUGUCUAUCAAAGGCAAUCAAUGACAUCACUUUAAAGUAAUUUACUAAUUUGACAAUAUUGUAACAGAUUUCAAUUGAUUAUCAGAUUAUAAAAUUCAAUUAGCAACCGAACCAGAGUUUCCAAAUAAUAUAUCACCAAUUUGACAUAAUUAUGUAUAUCAUUAACUUAAGUUUUGUGUCUAUUUGCUAGACAAUUCCAUAGAAUAAAUUAAAGUGUUUAAUUAUUAAUAAUACACAUAAAAACAUAGCUUUAGUUUGCACCGACGCUUACCUUGCUCUUUCCCAAAAAAAGGAAAGAGAUAGACAGAAUAUGUAUCAAAAUAGCUUUUGCAGAUGCUCAGUUCAAUAUUUUAUACAUAUAGGUGCUUUAAUUUUUACAUUAUGCCUUUCUUACGAAUUUACACAUUAUUUUAAUAUUUUUUUCGUAUAAAAAUCUAUUUUUCUUACGUUUUGUUAUCGAUAUGUAAGUUGUGUACAAAUCAUUGAUAUACAUCUGAUUGUAGGUUUUUUAAUCGUAGCUCUUAGAUAGGUUUAAAUAAAAAUCCGCUUUUGCUUCAAACCAUUUAUGGAAAAACGAUCUUUUUCCCAUAUCAACACGGUCGAGAACGGUUCUGCAGGCUCGGCCAAUGUAAGUCUGUUGUUGAAUACUUUCAAGGUCAACAUUUUACUGAACGUUCUUCAGGAUACUUACGUUGGUUCUCAAACCAUACCACCAUAGGAUAGAUCUGUCUUUAUCUAUAAAAUUAGACUUUUAUUAUUAGUUCUUGGUAUAAAUCAUACCAAACUGAAUCGUGUCCAAAGAAAGGGUUAGCUGUUAAAAUAUCAUGAAAAUAAAAAAUAAAUUUAAAAUAAUACUACAUAUUUAUUUUGAUAACGAAAGAGGCCAUAUGAUUAUGCAUUUGUAUUCAAUUUAGGUUAUUUAUAUCGAGUCACUAUAUAAGACUUACAUUUUCGGUAUAAAUACGGUGAGGUUUUUAAAAAAGACCUUUUAAAAAAUGUUAAGGCCAAAAGCAAAAUUAUACCCCAAUGUUAGCACAAAUUUUAAUUAAAGGUGCGUGCAUACUGUAAUGUUUAAACUAAAGAACUAUUUCUGUACUAUGUAAAUAAUCCCUUUUAUAUGAAGUGAAGGAACACGUUGUAUCAGUAUGCACCGACCCUAGCGACGACAUUUUUGAUGUAUUUACUAUGAUUAUUGUUUUUUUCGUAAGAUUAAAGCAGGGCUAAUAUUGUCACGCCUGUGGACGACUGUCUAACUUAUAUGUAUUUAGGUAAUAAGCUAUGUAACUAGAUUUUGUAUGAGCUAAACAAAAUAUACAAUACGUUGAUGUUUUUAAGUGUGCCAUGUUGUAGGUGUACGCUUUGGUUCUUGAAAAUUGGCGUUAUAGACAAAACUCGAAUCUAACAGUAUUAGAAAAAUCAUUCAUUUUCCAUUGAUAAACGUUUGCAUUUUUGUUCACACUAAAUAUUAUGGUUUAAACUGUUAAUGGCUGUAUUAAAUAAAAAAUAAUGAGGCUAUAAAUCAUUAUAAAUAGUGUGUAUUACCAUUUACAAUCAGUAUUUGAUGUUAAACAAAACUAAAGACACCGUCACUGAGAAAACUAUUUAGACAAUUUCAAAAGAGUCAAACGAACACCGCAACAUGGCGAAUGAUUCACGCAGUGGCGCAUAUUCACUAUGAGCGAGUGAUUGUCGUCCUUAAGACAAAGCGAUGAGGUUUAGUAUGCGUUGUGUUCAGUGCCACUGCUGUGACAUGUAAGGGGCCACAUCGGUGGUGGAAUUUUAAGCCAGUGAUAGUCAGCAUUGGUCUAACAAAAUGAGAAACGUCUCGUAUAAUGUCCUGUAAAAGUAUCAAAACUUAGCUUAAAAAUGCUGACCGUCCCUGGAAAUUUAACACGUUGACUGUCCAUUCUGUUAUAGUGUGGUAUGUGUAACACAAAACUCUGACAGAUUCCAGUGUAAUAGUGUCGUAAUUUACGCCAAAUGAUUUGCUAUUCCGUAACGUUUGUGUUGGUCAACGUGUUAAAUCAAAAGUUGGUGUUAUAAAGGACUUGCACGAUCUUCCCUGAUACCAUUCAGAGGUGAAUUUUCAAAAUAACAAUCGUCUAUGGCCUAUUGGCCGACCCCCUUUUAGUUUAGAACUUCUUCUUAGUUUUAAAUCCUAACAUGCCAAAGUUGUUCUGAAAUAGAAUAAGAUAAAGUGCGAAUUCUGAGACAUAUCACUUAUCCUUUUCUAGCCCGUACAGAUAAAAGAACAGAUUCAACCUUCAAAAGAUUAAAAUUAAAUAUAACUCUCAGAAUGAGCUAAUGAACAAGUGGAGUUGUGAUUUUUAUAAAACAACAGGCUUCCAUGUAAAAGAAGACUCACAGAUCAUAUCAAUAUGAAACCAUUUUGAUACGAAUUCGAAUUUACACGCACAAGAUAUAGGUUUAAGAAUAAACCACCGCAGUUAUGAUGAUCUCACAUGCGUUGUGUUCAAGUUAGUUUUAUUCAGUACUAUUACUAUUUUGUAAUUCGUGAAAAUGUGUAAAAAAAACCAUUCAUAGCUUUUCUUACGGCGCGCGGCGAUCACUGGUUAAGUUUGAUUCGUAUGUCCAUUUUGGAUGCCCAAUGAGGUACCUAUUAGACCAGUAAUGUAACUGCCAUUUUAAUAAGAGUAUAUUCCUAUAAAAAUAUGUUGUCACUAACAUUUUAAAUCUAGUUUUCAGAAUUUAUAUUAAAAAUAAGUCGUUCGUUCAUAUUACCAUCAUAUAAAUUUUAAAAUAGUAAUCGUACGGAUUGGGAAAGCGUGCAAGUCCGAGAGUGACUGAUAUUAUGCGUGUUUUUAUUUUAGCUUUUUGUAUCUAUAUAAAAAGUAGGGAUGUUACAACUUUUUUUAUUAAACAAACGUAGAUAGUAAGUUAGGUUAGACGAUGUUAGGCGACAAAUAAAUGUGAGUAUUGUGGGCGGGGAAAUGAGGUUUGAAUAUUUUUAAACUGUUAUUUCACUGUAGGAAAUUCUAUUGUAGAAUGUUUUCUUCGGUUUUAACUUGCCAAAGACUGUAUCACUGUGUAUGUUUUUUGUUCAAUUUGAUCAAGGCCAACUACCUGGUGAGUCUUCUUUAUUAUCAGAUGGUAAUGAAACUUCACGUCAAACUACACUUUUAAAACAUAAUAUUUGAUUGUUUCUUUUAUAUCAAAUUUCUCAUUUACUUCUCACAAUACAAAAUACGAUCAGGAUCUGAACUACGAAUAUUUCUUGCAUGUAUCACAGUAUACCUUAUUUACCUUAUUUUAUACACUCGACUUAUACUGCGGUGCAUUGCAAGAACUAUCUGCAGUUGCAACUCUUGAUACCGCUAUGCCGGUACCAGUUACGUUUAUACAAAAGAUCUUGUGUCUUCGACAUAAUUUUGUAUAAAAAUGUAUAAUGUCUAGCUGAAACUGGCCAUUGUUUAGAAGUCAAGCUCAGCUUGGUUGUUUGUUGGCAGCAAAUGGGAUCGGAAUUGUUAUUUUUCUAGAUAUUGUAAUGUAGUUUUCAUAAAAAUAUCGUGAGUGAAACCAACGUUACAAAACAACGCUCAAAAAACUAGACUCGAUCUUAGUCAUAGAUUAUGUCCUGUUAUUGGACUAAAUAUUGAAAUGCGAUCAAUCAAAGCAAAAGUCUAUACUUGAGACUGAAUCUGAGCCUUGAGCAUUGAGACCCUUGAUAUUAUAGAAUUUUACAAAUGCACAGCAAAGAGUUGAAAGUAAAAAUAUACCAUUCCAAUUCAAUUUUGAUGCCGAUCUGCUGUCACUAAACACACUCACCCCGAUGCUUAACUGUAGUGGAUACUGACGCUUUUUGUAAUUAUAAAACUACAAAUCAAAUAGGCUCUAACUUCUCUUAAAUUUACGUUUUGUUUACAAUAAUUUUGUGACAUGUGCAUUUUUUUCUUUCGGUGUAAAAAUUACAUUCUAUAAUAUUAUUUAUCUACACUGCAAUUUAUAAAUUUAUAAUUUUUAUGAUUAUUAUUUAACACCAAUACUAAUUAAUAAUGCUCAAAUAUUGUAUGUUUUGUAGUUACUUUGUAUUUUUACAAAGUUUUAUAUGAAAAUCUCAACAUUUGCUCAGAGUGUGCACAUGUUACAUCUUAUCAGUUUAUGCAAAGUUUGGUAUUUCCAGAAAAUUGAUGAUGUGACGAGGAUAAAAUUUUAUAAGGUGUUUAUUAUAAUUUUGUAAAUAUUAUAUUUAAGUGCAUCUACCGAAGCUAUUUAAUUUAAUGUACGCAGUCUUGACAGUCGUGAACCUGAUGAUUUAAUUUUAUUAUGUUUCUAAAUCUGUAA